UACCACAAACAUUUUCGUGAUAGCAGGCAGGUUGAUCUGGCGCUAUUGACCGGAAAACUUUCCAUCAGGAGGUACAUAACAAGAAUGUCGAGAUCUUCACCCGCAAACUCUUCGUUCAAUGGAUGUGCCGUUCUUCCUCCUAUUAUCAGUGCCAGAGACAAGAAUUUCUUGGACUCAGUCUAUCAAUUUAUAGAGAGCGAACAAAAAACAGUAGGAUGCCCAGCUAAAGGCCCAGAUGAGCAACUGUAUAUCAUUCACAGCGUUGCAUUUGACAAGGUAAUUGAGCAUGCUACUGUGUACAAGAGCAUUCUCACCGCCAUUAAACAGGCAUACGAUGACUGCAUUGGUGCUGUAAGAAAAGGUCACAAAGAUGCCAGAUUCAUUCAUGGGAAGUUGAAGGCCGUGGCUGCUGAGCCAACAACUCUCACAUACUCUAUAAAAAGAGCUGCUCAGCUUCAAGAAAAAAUUGAGAUCAUCAAAAAGGACUCUGCUGAACUUGAUGCUCAGAUUCAGAAAAUCAGGGAAUCAAGGAAAAAACAAACCCGGAGCCCAGAAGAAGCAUCUAAAAAAAGAGAAGUUAAUUCUUCAGCCAGAAUUCCAGGCUUGACAUUUGAAGAAUCUUUAAACCCUGAAGUUUUGACCAAGCAUCUUGAGUAUCUGGAAGGAAAGCUGACAGAAAUUAAGCAAAAAAAGAACAGCCAUUAUGUCCCAUUGCAUGUGAAGGCUGAGGUAGACCACAAAAUGAAACAAACAUUUGAACAAAGGGAAGAGCUAGCGGCAGAAAAUGAAAAGCUGAGACUAAGGUACAGACAAAUGAAGUUACUGGCUGAUGCAGUUUCCUCCUGGGAAAGAUCAGAUGGAAAUAUUCCGUUACUUGAGUUCAUGUCGCCGACAUUAAAGCAAGUGUCAGAACUCAAAGUCACAGAUGCAGCUUACUAUAGCAUGGAUUCAGUGGGAUUUGAAGAGGACGAUCCCUUGAAGAUCAAGGCUUCAGAACUUCUGCUAGAAUACAUAGAAAGGUUUCUGGAACUUUUUGAAGGCGGUCAUUAUGAGGCAGCUGCAUUCCAUGCUGCCAAUUCCCCACAUGGAGUCCUGAGGAACUCAAAAACCAUGAAACGAUUCAAAGCGAUCACUGAAUACAAAGGAAAAUUCCCUCCUCAGCUGCUCUUCUUCCAGGCUCUGAUGAUCUCAAGUAACGAAGUCAAACACCCUCCUGAUGCGGACAUGUCUGUGGAAGGGGUGCUGUGUGCUUUAAAGUACAACUGUCUGGAGUCUGUUGUUAACUGGGUAACCCAGAAGAGGCUAACCUAUUCCAAGAAACUAGCAGAGGUACUUUGUGAAUUUGGGGAGAGCAAACCUGAGAUAAAUGAUACGUGCCUUGCUCUAGCGCAACUAGUUUACACGCACUGUGCUGUACACAGGGAGGCAGCUCUGUGUAUGUGCAAGAGGGGUAUGGUCCAUGGGGCCAUAGACUAUAUCUACCACUGUAAAAAAUUCAAUAUGGAUGACUGCCUUUACCUGCUGAAGCACUGCCACAGUCCUCAACUGCUUCAGUCUCUGACUCACAAGUACAAUGGUAGGCCUGCAGCACUGUCAGUGGGGCUCACUGUUUUGUCACUGACCUCAGCAAACAUCAAGAGCAUUGGGUUUCAGCUACUGGAGAAUAUCUAUGCUUGUGGGAAAAGUGUGCUGGAGCAGACAAUCCUUAAUGAUGUGAUGUGUAACCCAGAAGAAUGGAAUCAGAUCGCAGAAAUGUGUGAAAACAAUGAAUACAGCCACUUGGCUAAAGAGAUCAUCAAUAUUCUUUCAGCACAGGCUGGAGUGGUAGAACUUUCAAACUGCGCUGAAGAUGCCAAACUGGUAGAACACAUUUUUAUGUAAACCCUGCUGCUAACCAGCAGAGGGAGCUCUUGUCCCACCUUUCUGUUGCCACAAGCUUAAAUGUAUGUUCCAAACUGUUGAAAAAAUUAGUUUGCAUUGUAUUUAUUCAAAAAUGCUAGUUGAAAUAUGCUUUACAAUAAAGUAACUGCACAUAUGAUCACUACCCAAGAAUCUUACUUUCUAUCCAUGUUGAAGCUGCGCUUUCACAUUUACUGUAUCAUGAU